CCAGUCACAGUCCCGCCGCGGCGCUGUUCCCUCGCCCGUCGCCCCGCCGCGUCCGCCUCGCCGCUCGCUACACGGUACACGCUACUCGAUAACUUAUCAACAAAUAAUUGCAUGAAGUCAUCGAUUAAAUUAAGUGCCGCAGCGAUACAGCGCUCCUUGCGCCAACCGACGCUCACCGACCUAAACUAUCCAACAAAUGUUCCCUUUACCAGGAUUCAGAGUAAACUUGCGGUGCUGCACGCAUGUUAAAGUUUGACAGUGAACUCUACAAGUGUCCGUGAAAAAGUUUCGUGCGAUCCGAUUGGCUGAAUUUGUUUUGAUAUUUUUCUGUGCUGAAAGUGAACAAGAUGAAUGGAACUCCCGCUAGAAGACCUAAGAGCGCGUUUUCGGAGACUGGCGUGCGGAUAAAGGAGGUGUCUGAAGGCAGGCCCUGCGACAACUGCCCUGAACUCUGCCCCGGGUUCAUCUCGCAUCCCUGGAGGAAGACAUGCAAGUCGUGCGGCUGCGAUCGGCUGCAGCACUCGGUAUACCACGAGGAGCUGGGCUCCGUGCGCGACCGACUCGGGCUGCGCGACGCUCGCAUCAACCAUCACGCCUACGACAGCCCCCCCGGACUCACCGCCAAGCAGACGGAAUUAUACUGGGCAUCGCUGGCAGAGCGAGCGCCGACCAGCGUAGGGGGCGCAACCGGGUCGGCGGCAUGGCGCGCGUGGAGGAUCCGCGCACUAGCUAUGCAACUGCCAAAACAAGAUCUUUCACUCUCUCAUUGCCAACAUAUUGAUGAACAGCAUCGUAAGCAGUUUGAAGAUUUCGUAGCGGCCAGAAACGAAAUUGCUCUUGACAUAGGUCUAGCUUGCCAGCAUCAUGGUGCUUCUAUCGAAUGCAUGGGAUGCAACAAACCUAUUCGGAGUGGAAGUAUUAUGGUUCAGGCCCCAAGGAUAGGUGAAGAGGUGGCGUUCCACCCUGCGUGUUUCACGUGCUCUGAGUGCGACGAGCUGCUGGUAGAGCUGGCGUACUGCGCACUAGACGGUCGGCUCUACUGCGUCCGCCAUUACUCCGAGCGCCUCAAGCCACGCUGCCAAGCCUGUGAUGAGCUAAUUUUCAGCGGCGAGUACACGAAGGCGAUGAACAAGGACUGGCACAGCGGUCACUUCUGCUGCUGGCAGUGCGACGAGUCGCUGACCGGGCAGCGCUAUGUGCUGCGCGACGACCACCCCUUCUGCAUCAAGUGCUAUGAGAGUGUCUUCGCCAACGGCUGCGAGGAGUGCAACAAGAUCAUCGGCAUCGAUUCUAAGGACCUGUCGUACAAGGACAAACACUGGCACGAGGCGUGCUUCCUGUGCGCCAAGUGCCGCGUGUCGCUCGUCGACAAGCAGUUCGGCUCUAAGCUCGAGAAGAUUUACUGCGGCAACUGUUACGACGCACAGUUCGCCAGCCGCUGCGAUGGCUGCGGCGAGGUCUUCCGUGCUGGCACUAAGAAGAUGGAGUACAAGACCCGGCAGUGGCAUGAGAAGUGCUUCUGCUGCGUAGUGUGCAAGAACCCCAUCGGCACCAAGAGCUUCAUCCCGCGCGAGCAAGAGAUCUACUGCGCCGGCUGCUACGAGGACAAGUUCGCCACGCGCUGCGUCAAGUGCAACAAGAUAAUAACUCAAGGAGGAGUGACAUACAAGAACGAGCCGUGGCACCGCGAGUGCUUCACGUGCACGCACUGCGACACGUCGCUGGCGGGGCAGCGCUUCACAUCGCGCGACGACAAGCCAUACUGCGCUGACUGCUUCGGCGAACUCUUCGCUAAGCGCUGCACAUCCUGCACCAAGCCCAUUACUGGUAUCGGUGGCACUCGCUUCAUCUCGUUCGAAGACCGACACUGGCACAACGACUGCUUCAUCUGCGCGCAGUGCAGCGCCUCGCUCGUCGGCAAGGGCUUCAUCACCGACGGACAGGACAUCAUCUGCCCUGAGUGCGCCAAGCAGAAGCUCAUGUAAAUACCCCGCCUCGCCCCGCGCCCCGCACACCGCACACGGACCGUACGCAACACACACACAACAUACACUAUUACUGGAUAAUAAUAUAAAUUUACACAGCGAACAACGAACAUCAACACGAGACUCUAAAUAUAAAAUGACAACGAUUUUCUCGCGAUACGAUCCAAUCAUGUGUGCAUAGUCAUUAACGCUUAACAUCUCAACAUUAAAUCAUCUUCGUUGGCGGUUAUAAGAGCUAACAUUUCAAUAUAUGGUUGCACUAAUGCUAUUGUAAGGAGCUAUCAAAUGUGAUGCGAUGCCUUGACCAUAAGUCUUUAUGUAAAAGCAUGAAUCUACCAAGGUAUAUUAAAUCUUCAUCUUGUCUAUUUACAAGAUAAUAAAAUAUUUUUAGAUGUUUUUGGUAGAAUUUGGUAGCUUUAGAUCCGCCUCGCUUCGACUCGCAGGCUUACAGCUCGGUGUGUUACCGCUAAAUGUAUGGAAUACUUACGAUAUUCUGUGCUUGUGCAGCGACAAAACGAUCCUACCGUUAGUCGCAAACGCACGAGAGUGGUGCGCGGACGGCAGCGCGGGCGCCGCGCGCGGCUCCCUGCCAGACCUUGUCGACAAAAUCAAUUUCCGAAAGGUCAUCCCUAAAUAACACCCGACCGAUAUUUUUAUAAAGAAAACAAGAAAAUCAUAAAAAAAUGUGGAUGCACAAAUAAAGUAUUUAAUUUCGCUUAAUUUUACCGAAUUUUUAUUUAAGUUGUUUAUAUAUAUUGUUUGUUUUUAACUGUUGUUACUAAUUACGAUACAUCCACGCAGGCCAUAUUUAUGUAAUUAGUUACGAUCGCUAAUCGCCGUAUUAUAUCGCUUUGGCUGUUGUCUUAGACCUUUAGAUAAUUUUUGAUAUUGUCAAUUCGUCUAGUGCAUUUCACACGUUGCCUUAAUAACAUAUCUAAGUCAAUUUCGAGAAUAUAUAUAUUUUAUUUAAUGAUCAUUGUCAUUGAAAGAUUUACACCCGCGUGCCCUGCAUCGACCCGCGGUAUAUUUUCAUGUUUAUUGCCAGAGUACCCGCGACUCCGGCCCUUUCGUCGAUAUAAUGCAUAACAUUGUAUAAGUGUAAGAAAUUUUAAACAUAGUACGUGUUAUAUUUAAGUAUUUAUUUUUAUGAGAAGGCACUUAUUACGCGGAGGGGGAGGGGGCCGCCGGGGUUGCCAGUCGCGUUGUCGCGUAGUAGUAAUGUUGCCAUAUGCCCGGCGGCCGGAGCUUCCUAACACUUAAGCGACAUGCGUCGAUUAGUUUCUACUAAUAAAAUAUUAAAACUAUUUUCGUUGUCGAAUAGGACAUUGUUACGAUAAUGUAAUUGAGAUGUUAUCGAUAUUUUUACAUUAUAAUAAUAUUUUCUAGUGUUAAAGUUAAGUAACAUCGGAGUUUCGAGAUGACCACGACAUGUUUGGGGAUCACUUUAUAAUGGUUAUUGUUAAGGAUUAAAUUAUUCAGAUGUUGAAAGUAUAUUUAUAAUAAAUGUGUACACAUAUAAACAAACCGCUUAGCUGUGUGAUCUGAUCUAAUUAAUCUUUAUAUAAUCUGUACCCGUACGUUAUUGUAUAAACUAUGAAACUUAAAUAAAACUAUUAAAAGUAAC